GAUACGGAAGCAUUUUUAACGUGAAUAAAACACUUUGAAAGCAAGUCCAUUUGUCACAGUGGGAACAAAGUCUCGCGACAAUCUGUAUUUAAACAGUUAAGUACCCGUUGAAGGGGGACAAGCAUGGGACAAAAAAACAACAAACGUUUUCACUUUGAGGGGUAACUUAAAGGUGAAUGGAUCAGGAAUGCAGGUCAUUUGUUGAGCAAGGCAUUUAAAGCGACAGCUUGAUAUUCAUACUCAUUUCCAUGGGGCAGUGCGAUCCUAAGGCAGGCAGACAAAACUAAUAAAAUUGCAAGUUUCAGUCAUGCAGCCUGUUGAUGGGAGGUGAACAUUUACAGACCACAGGGGCAACACUGACUCAACACACGGCGAUAGCGACGCGAUUUUCAUCAAAAAAGUUGAAGAAGAUGACGCUGACAGUCGUGUUAACUGGUGGAUAACGGCAGACCUGGGGGGUCGCGAUCAUAAGGAGACAAUCAUGAACAAGGAAAGGGCGUAUAAAAGGCUGGUUCAGCGGCAACUUCACAAGUCUACCUCUGACCCCAACUUUGACAUGAUGGCCGCUGUCCAGCCGGGUGGACGCAUUGCGGUGGUGGAAGUGAAGGAGAAGCCGGUGCCCCAGGUCCUGCGCAGAGCACACACGGUGGCGGAAUUCAACAGCUGGAGACAUAACAAGACCUAUUUACACGAUUCUAAAGGACACCCAAAGUCCGUGUCCUCUGAACAGCAGUUUCCACCUAUCAUUAACGGCAGGUCCGUUCCACACUCUGCUAGCCACAAAGACAGAGGACAGAGAUUUAACAGAGAACUGAGACGCUCAGCGUCCCUACCUGGAGAAGUAGCGCGACGUGAGGCGGAAGGCAGGGAUCCCUUACCCACGUCGCGUCUGGUCACCUCCAGGACGCACGGCCAGUACCGGUCCGAUGGGUUUGAACUAAGACCAGCGAGAAUUUCGUCCAGUUCUUUUCCGAAUUCACAACGUCGCCUCAAUAACUCUCCCAUCGAGGAGCUGGCCGCGGCAAAUAGCGUUAACUAUUCUACAGGGUUUGUAGAAAGUAAAGGAAACGAGUUGGCAAAACGGACUGGUCAGUCAGACGGAAAAAAUGACCAGACGUCUACUUUUAACAUUUACCGAACUUUGCCUAGGACUAAUAUAGCGUUCACCGGAAAGGAGACGAAAACUGUGACAUUUAACGACCGUCCUAACGUCUCUUUUAUAGACACAUACGUCGUGGAUUAUGAUAAUGACAAUUCCAGAUUGCCUAGGACGGAGGGCCCCUUAGCCUUGACAGAGAAAAAUUUGGUACUAUUACAGUCCUUACAGACCGAGAAAAAGCCGGCGGAGGAACCGGACUCGCCUGUAGACACGCGGGUGAUGAAAUGGCUGGAGGAACGGCAAGUCGACAACAGUCCGGUGUCUGUGAGACCCAGGAAGCCCAGGACAGACAGUGUGGAGUGCGCAAUUCUGGAGGAAACGAAAGAACAGCUUGCCAAUGAAUCCAAUGUAGACAAUAACAGUGACAGUGGGAACAAUAACAACAACCCCAAGGACGUUAAUUCUGAAGUUUUCAGCUGAUAUAAGACGUGCAUGUUUUACAUAAAGUUAUUUAAAAUCAUUAAUUUAUAUUGGAAUUGGAAUGUAAGAUGCAGUAAACAAACGCCACAGGAUGCUUGCCAAAACGGGUCUUACAAUAGGUAAACACACAACAACUGUAAAUUGAACUGCUAACCCUAUUGUUGGAUUUAAUUAUAUUUCAUAUUACUAAAUUGCGGUUCACUUACGAAUCAUGUACAAAAAAACUGUCGAGUAGAAAAUCAAAUUUUGUCAAAAUAGGUCUGUUCAACGGUUUAAAAAUAACGAAA